AGCCGUGGUAGCACGAGAAGCACUAGUCGUCAGACAGUUGGGAAGUGUAUAUCGACCGUUUGCGUCAGCAACAAGCACGAUUCUAUUCUUGUACAGCGAAGCAUACUUGCGCUUUGGUCGCGAUAGAGUGUGAAAAGCGAAGAGCAGAAGCUGAGAGAAGCCGUGGAUGAGAAGUCGUCGAAAAGUUUCGAGAAGUAUCGACCGAAAUUUCUCUUUGGGUGCGCAUCAAUAUUGAUACCACGUCAAUCGAUUAUCGUCGAAAGGGAACAGAAGCGGAAGGGAAAAAAUUUCAACAAAGCGGGAGAGAUUAGAGCGAUCACGACAGUGAUCGUCCCGGUUUGUGGCCCAGAAUUUCGAAGAAGAAAAGCAAUCGGUGAGAUUGGAGCGAGCUGUCGUUGUUACUAUGUAAAUUACCAGCGAAUAAGCUCAUCUGCGCGCGCGCACUGCUGUCAACGAGUUACGAUACCAGAAGCGACGACAACAACAUCGUCGACAGCGGCGGAAGGAACGGACGCGAGCGAGAGGAAAUUGCGCGGCACGCCGCGAGCUAGAGGCCUGGGCUUUUCUCUGAUCGAUCUCAAAGAAGCUCGCAAACUGGCUCCGGAAGUGAGGAUCAAGCAAAUUGGAAUGCGGGAGGACCUGCUGUCCAUAAUACGACACACGAGCAGCGACCACUUUUCGGAAGAGCUUUAGCCGGGAGCUUAACCUGGAAGUAGAAACCGGAGCAGCGGAGAAUCGGCCAAGCUGGCGCGACGAUUCGCGGGUAGAAAUAUUUGCGCGAUAGAGUAGAGGUGGCUCCUGCUCGUUGGCUUUUCGAAGCGACUCGGGUUAUACUCGGGCUUCCUUUUGCUCCGAGGAUCCUCGCAAUUAUCCCUUUGAUUGAUCUUUAUUUUGUCGUAAUCAAAAGAGAGAGAGAGAGAGAGAAAGAGAGAAGGAGAAUCAAAAAUUUCCGGAAGACCGAUCGUUCUCCGUUAUACGGUUUCCUCGGUUAUGCCCUGGGUCGCAGCAUGUUUUGAGCUGCUGGCGACUCCGUUAUUGGGUUACUGUCUCGCGGUCAGAAAACUGGCUCUACAAGCCGGCGUCCUGCAGGAGAAAAAGAGCGAUCCCGCUGGGCAGCAAACGUCUAACGAGGAGACACCCUUGAACGCUGACACCACCAUGGUUCCUAACGCGGAAGAGCAGCGUCAAGAUCUCGGCAAAGAGAAGGUCGCAGCAAAAAUCCCGGGAGUAGCGAAAUCAUCGCGUAAAUUCGCCGGGGUUGUCAUAGCCACUUGCGGCUUACCAGCUCGUGGAAAAAGCCAAAUCGGGCAGAGUCUUGCUCGCAGACUCAAUUGGAAUGGCGUGACCACAAAAGUAUUCCGUGUGUGUGAUUAUCGAAGAAAACGGCUUGAACCCCAUAUAUCUCACGACGAGCUCUUUCGAUCGGACAAUGCGGCAAACAACGCAUUAAGAACUCUCGCUCAGAGAGAUGCCAUGCAGGAUUGCGCAGCAUGGCUGACAUCCGGAAAUACCGUAGCGCUCCUGGACGCUAUGUUGAUCACACGAGCACAGCGCACAGAAGUUUACGAUUAUUUCUCCGGUCAACUCGGUUAUCGCGUUCUGUUCAUCGAAUGCAUUUGCAACGAUCCGAAAGUUCUAGAGCACAACCAACAGGAGAUCGUGAGACACAGCGCUGAUUACGUAGACGUCGAUUCUACUUUAGCAGCGGAAGAUCUACGCUCAAAAAUUGCCUUUUACGCUCGAUCAUACGAGCCCAUGAACGAGAGAACUUAUCCGACGAUCAGAAUCGAUAUUGCUACUAUGGAUAUAGAGACCUGCAAAGUAUCUGGUCAUGUCGAAACCAGCGUGCUCGGAUACCUUGGAGAUAUCAGUCUCGAAUCUCAUACACUUUAUUUUUCGAGGCACGGCGAAAGUGAGUACAAUGUGCUCGGUAAAGUCGGCGGCGACGCAAUAUUAAGCCCCAGAGGAGAGCGAUAUGCUCAAGCUUUAUCAAACAAGUUUAACGAGAUGCGUAUUCCCGAUCUUCGAGUUCUCACCAGUCGUCUUCGCAGAACAAUCGCAACGGCACGGGGAAUCGAAGCCCCUCAAGAACACGUAGCCGCUUUGAACGAGUUACACGCCGGCGUGUGCGAGGGCCUCUCUUAUGAGGAAAUGCAAGAACAUUAUCCGCAGGAAUUCGCGUGGCGUGAUCAGGACAAGCUGCGUUAUCGUUAUCCGUGGGGUGAGAGCUACAUCGACGCGAUGCACCGCGUCGAACCGGUAAUCGCCGAGCUGCAGCGCUCAAACAAUGUCCUCGUGGUGUCGCAUCAGGCAGUAUUACGCUGCAUCAUCGGAUUCUUCCUCGAUAAGAAACCCGAAGAGCUGCCCUACAUGGAGGUACCGCUGCAUACAAUAAUACGUAUUACCAACCAAGGCUACAAUUACAAGCUCGAGUUCUUCAAGCUGCCGAUCGAAUGUGUCAACACGACUCGUGUCAAACCGACGAAUUGCAGCGGUGACCGCACCGCUGCUGAUGCUCUCAUCACGGUUCCCGAUCAUUUCGAUAUACCGGAUCCUUGGCGAAAUCCCGGCAGCGGACCCACUCUUGUGCAACAACAUUAAAAGAAUCGAUACGCCUGCUUCGAAAAUGGUGUAAAUCGAGAUUUGAAAUACGAUACGAAUACCGUUCUUGAAAAAUGUUAAUAUGAAAUAAUCGUUGAUUGAUGCAUGGUUUGCAUAUAAUAUAUAAAAAAAAAAAAAAAAAAAAAAAAACAAACGAUUACAGGAGCAGAACUAAAAUAUAAGUGAUGAUGUUGACUCUCGUUACAAAUAAAUCAUAUUUAUAACGAUUAUACAUAUUUUACAGGAGAAUUAAUGAGGUUUUCAAAUAUUGAUUUAUGCCAAAUUCGAAAUGUGCGACUCACAUGAUUAUCGCUUACGUCAAUAAUUGUCUGCAGACCUGCGGCGCUGCCGGAAUUAAUUAUUCAUUUGUUUGUAGUUUUGGAUAUGGAUAAAUCACUACUAUUAUGGAACGAAAUUAGUAUCACUAUUUUAUAAGUAUUUUUGUAGUGGCAGCUAACGAAAUGUUGUUUACAUCGCACAGUAGCUUGUAAAAGAACAUAAUGUGUCGAUUUGAUCUACUUGUAAUCAACAUGUGGGUACGGUAGACGUAGAAAAAUGUUUCUUCUUGAGUUCACAAGAUUUCUUUUACGUAACAACAAACAACUCACAGAUUGUCAAAGAUGAAUAUAUUGACACUGAUCGUUGACGAAGUUCUGAGGCUGUUUUGGAUCGACUUGGAUUGACGAUAGGUCUACGAUAAAUCAACAUUUUGCAACACGCCUUCUUAAUGAGUAGCAAUUGGAAGCCCAUGGUUCGAGCCCUCUACGUAUCACGAGUUUUUUCAGUAGUUUAUAGUGGUUGUUCGGUCAUAGUAUGCUCGAUAACUUGUGUCAUAUAGAUUAAGAUAUAUUACCUGUUGUGCUAAAUAUACGUGCAAAAUUGUAUAUAAAACAAGCGGGAAUUUGAUGUUAAAAAUUAUUUGUGAUAGAAAAUACAUUACUCCACAAAAGAUAAGAAGCACUUUUCAGACGCUCAAAAUUCAACAAUUUUCAAACCGUUGUAACUCGAUAUUUUUUAUACAAAAUGUAGGACUGGUUUCAAAGUCGCGUGAUUCAAAAGGAGAAAAAAAACGUAGCAAAAUAAAAAAAAACGCAUUUUAUAGGUAAAACGUUGUAGUUUUUGACACUUGUCAUAAAUUUUGAGAGAAAAAUUUUUUUAUCAAGCUACACAGAGUGUUGAAAGUAAAUAGUUCCAAGAACAAAACAAUCUGUCCUUUUUUCAAGCUUUAUUUUUCGAGAAUUGCAAAAACAAAAAAUUUUUUUAAAUGACUAAAAGCACGCAAAGUACAAACUUGAAGCUUUAAAAUGCUUUUUUAGUUUUUUGUCUGCGAUGAUAUUUCGUCAAGUUAGAGCGGUUAAAAUUGUUCAGUUUUGAGCGUCUAAAAAGUAUUUUUUUGUGGAGUAAUGUAAUAGCGCGCAAAUAUUAUCAUUAAAAUACAAAUCAUCGUUCCUUUGCAUCUCGGCAUUUUCAAAAGUGUUUUUUUCUUAAAGUAAUUACAAAAUUUUUAUUUCGUAACUGUGAUUAUUUUUAUCGAUGCAUGAUCUCUUCUAUUGCAACUUUUUAUUGUUUCAAUGUUAUCGAAUUUACAGUUUUAUUGAAAAAAAAAAAA